AUGAUCAACCAGGCUUUUAGUGCUAACGGAAAUUACAAUGACUAUGUCCUUACUUUCACCCUUGCUCCGGACAGCAAGGACUGCUCUAAUAACUCCACCGCUGUAAAUGUUUCGGCUCCUGUGAGAUCUAAGGUCGUUUUCCUAGAAGGGCAUUUUGGGAAGGAUAUGUGGGAAAGCCAUGCUUGCUACUUGGGAAGCUGGGGUGAUGAAAGGGAGAAAAUCAACCUUGAGAUUCAAAGGGCAUCAAUCAGCACAGACUCCAACCUCACUUGUGACCCCAUAGUGGACACAUUUCUUAUCACAAGAAUCGGUAUGCCAAUCAGAUAUGGGGACAACAUGCUGGUGAACGGUGGGUUUGAAGUGGGCCCAGCAUUUCUAAGUAAUUCAUCCCAGGGGAUUCUACUACAUGAAGAGCCAGAUUCACUGCAAUCUCCAUUGCAACAGUGGUCUAUUAUAGGAACUGUUAAGUACAUAGACUCUAAACACUACUCGGUGCCAGAAGGAAAAGCAGCAAUAGAGCUAGUCUCCAGGGGGGCUCCAUCGGGAAUCUUUACUAUCCCGGCCCUCACAAAGGGUUCAACAUACAACUUGGAGUUCAUGGUAGGAGAUGCUAAUGACUCGUGUGUGGGAGAUUUAAUAGUGUAUGCUCAAAUAGGAACGUCUACGGAAAAUUUUACAAUGCGAAGCAAUGGCACUGGCUCAGCACAAAAGCAGUUUAUCACGUUUAAGGCAGACUCAAGUGCAACUCCAAUCAGUUUUGUAAGCUAUAAUGAGAGCCAAACAAGUGAUCAUGUGUUCUGUGGUCCUGUGAUUGACAAUGUCAUCCUUCGCUCUUCGUAUGCUUUGCAACAAAAAUUGCAACUUGGUAUUUCAUUUUCAAGCUUGGUUCUCACCAUAGUAAUUCUAUGGAUGGGUGCUUAGUUUUGGUUUGUUCUUCACACUGUUCCAACACUUCUAUUGAUUUUUAAAGGAAAAAUUAAUGAAUAAAUUCAAUAUUUGCAUUGUUAAAAUAACCACAUGUGCUUGAAUGUCAUAGAGAUAUUUUUUGAUUCAAUGGCAAAGAGAUAUGAGUGUUCUUUAAGGGCUCCAUGAGUUGGGGUCCUCGUUGACUAUCAUUUUCAUUAAUGUUGAGCCCAAAAGCUAAUAAACAACAAUAUUGCAACUUAAAAUCUCCAUAUCAAAGCCAAUAUUGCACAAUGGAAGCCAACAUC